AUGUUCCCUCCAGAUGUGUGGAAUUCUACAGACCUGAUGUGGUUCAAUGCGUCUGAGCUGAAUGCUUCUCUGGAGAAUCCGGAGGAGGGGGAGCACCCAUUCCUGACGGACGCCUGGCUGGUGCCUCUCUUCUUCGCUCUCAUCAUGCUGGUGGGGCUCAUCGGGAACUCUCUGGUAAUCUAUGUCAUCUCCAAACACAGGCAGAUGAGGACGGCCACCAAUUUCUACAUAGGUAAGCAAGACCGAAGGGUUUCCCUCACAGUUACAAAGGGUUUUCCACUUACAAUACAUAAUUGUUCUUGUGGAUUGUCAUGACCUGGGAAACGUGUUCUUUGUGUGUUACUGUCACAGUCAAUGUUAUGUAAAGUAUGUUGUCCAGAGAAAUAUUUUAUUUCCACUGUAAACUAGGACUAAUGAUGACUAUAUAAUCAUUCAGCCUUAAUGACUGUAUUUGUCUUUUUAUGUUGAUGACUGUACAUGAAUAUUGUCGACUGUAACCUUAUCCAUUGUCUGGUGAAUGCACCUAUACAGUACAGCAUAUACUACAGUAUACAUACAGACUAAAUAUUAAAUAUAGGGAUCAUGUGUCUAUACUAAAUAAUGGAUCGUGUUUGACAUUAGAAAUGCAUGUGUGGAGUGGAGAUGUGCUACAUCAAUGGAUUUCCUAUAGAGAUAGGAUGAAUUAACCAUGAAGGUGGACAGCAUAUAUCUCUGUGCUUAUAAAUUACAAUGAUGGCAUCAACGUGCGUGUUUGUGUGAGUGCACGUGAUGUGCGCAUAUGUCUGUGUGUGUGUUUGUGCAUGUGUGUUUGACAUGACUGACAAUUAUCUCCACGGGUGGCAAUGCUGGAGCCCAGCAGGUCCUGUCCACCUGCAGUGAUAAGACCUCUACUCCAUGGCAGUGAAACAAUAAUAUCGGCCAUAAUUUCAGAAAGAAAUACAGCAGUACCCACCGACCCAUGUGUAUUUAGCUUUCUGAAUUUUGUGAAAUAAAUUGGCUCUUUGAAGCCAAUACCAAGAUACUCUGACUUGGUGACAUGCCUUUGACUCUUUAACACAAGGUAUUUAUUCAAAUGAAUGGCUUUAUGACUCACAUGUUCAAAUGGUUCUUUUUAUGUUGCAAAAGUGUGUUCAUCAGUAAGAAAUGAGUUCCCUCCAACCCUAAUCUAGCACACCUGACUAAUAAUUAGCUGGUUGAUAAACUGAACCAGGUUAUUUACAACUGAGCUUAUUUCCACAGCUAACCUGGCUGCCACAGACAUCAUCUUCCUGGUGUGUUGUGUCCCGUUCACAGCCACUCUCUACCCGCUCCCUGGAUGGGUAUUUGGGGACUUCAUGUGCAAAUUUGUUGCCUUUCUACAACAG